AGCGGCUACACGCACGCGCGGACCACAACAACACGCCCGGCCGGUGCGCGCGCACGCCCUCGCCAAGCAAAACCGCGCCAUUUUCCUCCGACAUUUUAUAAUAUUAUGUGAAUGAGUUCUUAGUUUAACAUUAAAAGGAAUUAAUUCAAAAUGCGUGCAGUGUUGCUCCUUUGUGCUUUAGUGCAUUUAGUGGUGGGACAAGACGUCAAUGACAUGGUAAACAUGCCUAAAUACGAUCAGAGAUAUGAUUAUUUGGACGUCGAUGCAAUUUUCACGAACAAGAGACUCGUUAGGAAUUAUGUGGAUUGUUUGAUUAAUGCUGUUCGGUGCACGCCUGAAGGAAAAGCGCUGAAACGAAUACUCCCAGAAGCAUUGAGGACGAAAUGCGUCCGCUGCACAGAGCGACAGAAGAGAACAGCAGUGAAGGUGAUCAAGCGGUUGAAGAACGAGUAUCCUGACGAGUGGUCCAAGCUUGCUUCCCGGUGGGACCCCACUGGAGACUUCACCAGAUACUUCGAAGAGUUCCUCGCUAAGGAACACUAUAAUACUAUUCCAGGAUCAGGCAGUGCGCUCCCUACGUCGUCUCCGUUAGCACCACCUCGCGUGCCACAAUCGGUACCAGCCACCACCCCGACUCCAGGCCCCACGGAGUCUACCCCGCCGAGACCAAUCGUACUGAACAGAUUUGGUGGCGACGGCGAGCUAAUGGUGGGCAGUCCCUCGUCCGCGGGCGUUACUCCAAGGCCGAUGACCCAGGCCACCACGAGGCCCAGCAGCACCACGAAGCCUAGCACCACCACGAAGCCGCCUAGUACUAGGCCUGUACCACCCAGACCGACAAUGAUGACAUGGGCUGGUGCAGCUUCAAACACGCAGUCGACGCGUUUCCCACUGCGGCCAGUAUCAGAAAUGUCCCCACCAUACUCCACGGCCAUAACCUUCAUCGACCAAAUCGGUUACAAAAUAAUAAGGACAACAGAACUUGUCACCGACAUAGUCAGGAACACAGUGAGAGCUGUCGUUGGUCGGUAGAUACCAUCAAAAUAAUUGCUCAACAAUAACACGUGAAGUAGGCACAAAAAGCCUUAAUUCCAGUGAAAAAAAAAUAGAGUUUUGACGUAAAGAAGUCGGCCAUAUUGAAUUGUCUAUAGCCGGUUUUCCCUCCAUUUUAAUUUCGUGAAAAAACCACCGACCUUUGGUCACAUUUGGCAAUUAAAAUAGUUAACUUUAUAACUUUAACAGCAUAUUACUGUGAGAUUAUAUUAAAUAAGAAAUAUUUCUACAUAAGUUUAUUGUACGUAGGAGAUUACGAAUUAAUUAAGGCGUAUAGGCCUAUUGUAAUUUGUCAUUAAUUUUAAGUGUUAAAUUAUUAUAAUUUAGGUCGAUAUUACAAUUAAGUAAGGUAAUUACAUAUUGUGAUUACGCAUUAAGCUUUUAUACUGUAAGUCCAGCUGUGACUCAAUAAAUGCUUUUAUUUAUA